AUGCCCACAAAAAAAAGACAUCUCUACGCAGACCAAGCUAAUAAUCCCAGAACCUCGCAUUGCCCCCGGCUUGAAGACGUGAAGCGAGAUUCUGCCUCUGUGGAGGGGGCCUGGUUCUGGCGGCUGGCGGCUGGCGCCUGGAAGCCGGGGUCGGAGUGCUCCGAGCCUCUGCAACCGACCACCGUGCUGGGCUCCGCUCUCCUUUGCCUAGGCCGGGGUCCACAAGCCCUGCUUGCAAGUAUGGGCUUGAUGAAGGGCUGGCCUGGCCAGGCCCGCUGCCACGGCGCCCCACUCGGAGCCCGCCCAGAGAAAUCUUGGCUGCGCUGGACUCAGAGAAGCCCCGCCUGCCCGAGACCUAAACCUGAGCUGAGGCCUGAGGCCCUGGUGCUGACAAAGCCUGCCUUCUCCGCCGCCCCCGCCUUCUAUCCGCGCGCCUACGGCGACCCCGACCCCGCCAAGGACCUUCGAACCGAUAAGAAAGAGCUGUGCGCGCUGCAGAAGGCGGUGGAGCUGGAGAAGCCGGAGGCGGACAGCGCCGAGCGACCCCGGGCGCGACGGCGGAGGAAGCCGCGCGUGCUUUUCUCGCAGGCGCAGGUCUACGAGCUGGAGCGGCGCUUCAAGCAGCAGCGGUACCUGUCGGCUCCCGAGCGCGACCAGCUGGCCAGCGUGCUGAAGCUCACGUCCACGCAGGUCAAGAUAUGGUUCCAGAACCGGCGCUACAAGUGCAAGCGGCAACGGCAGGACCAGACUCUGGAGCUAGUGGGGCUGCCCCCGCCCCCGCCGCCGCCUGCCCGCAGGAUCGCGGUGCCAGUGCUGGUGCGAGAUGGCAAGCCUUGCCUAGGGGACUCAGCGCCGUACGCGCCAGCCUACGGCGUGGGCCUCAACGCCUACGGCUAUAACGCCUACCCUGCCUACCCAGGUUACGGUGGCGCGGCCUGCAGCCCUGGCUACAGCUGCACCGCUGCCUACCCGGCCGGGCCACCCCCGGCGCAGUCGGCUACGGCCGCCGCCAACAACAACUUCGUGAACUUCGGCGUUGGGGACUUGAACGCGGUGCAGAGCCCCGGGAUUCCGCAGGGCAACUCGGGAGUGUCCACGCUGCACGGUAUCCGAGCCUGGUAGGGAAGGAACCGGUCUGGGGCGCCCCUGACCGAUCUCACCUCUAAAGAGGGGCAUCUACUCGAUCCUGCGACUCUUCUCGGAUGUCACAUUCACUCCCAUGGAGGCCUUGGAGCGUUUUCCGCCCCAGGCGCUUUUAUCUCCUCCACGCGCGGGAGAGUUUGUGGCCGGGUUUACGCAGCUUGCGGUGAGUGAUCCCGCAGCCUGGUGCCUUAGCCGUCGCCCCGGGAGUGCCCUCCGAGCGCCCACGGGCAUCCCUAAUCGGCCGAACACCGGCCAACUGGGACUGGGAGCCCGGGCGCGCCGGGCCCAAGACCUGGCGGCCUUUCCCCGAGCCUGGGCCCGGCGCCUGGGCCCUUGCUGCCUUGCCGCCCACCCACCCGUAUUUAUGUUUUUACCUGUUUCUGUAAGAAAUGAGAAUCUCCUACCCAUUAAAGAGUGCUC